AUGAGUGAAUCCGAGGUACCCUUCAAAGUGGUGGCUCAAUUCCCUUACAAGUCCGAUUACGAGGACGAUUUGAAUUUUGAGAAAGAUCAAGAGAUUAUUGUCACGUCUGUUGAAGACGCAGAAUGGUAUUACGGCGAAUACCGGGAUUCCAAGGGUGACAUUAUCGAGGGUAUCUUUCCCAAAAGUUUUGUUGCUGUUUUGGAGUCUGAGGGUGGAAAAGAAGCUGAAGUAUCCCCGAUUGCGGGUUCCGCCCAGCAAAGAACCGCCCAGCCAGAAGCAGAACCAAAGUCUCUACCAGAGCCCGUUGCUUCUGAAACGAAAAAAGAGACUCCGCCAUCUGUACCAGUACCAGUGCCAGUUCCAGCUACAACAACAGUGGCAGCACAGGCCCAACACGAUAAUCGCGAAAGAAAUGUUCCCAUGGAUUCUCCAAAAUUGAAGGCUCGCUUAUCUAUGUUUAACCAAGACGUAUCGGAGCAAGUCCCUCUACCAAAAUCAACUCGCUUGGAUUUAGAAAACAUACCUGUGAAAAAGACAAUUGUGGCAGAUGCUCCUAAAUACUAUGUUCCCCCUGGAAUUCCAACUAAUGAUACAUCCAAUCUUGAAAGGAAAAAGUCCCUAAGGGAAAACGAAAACAAGAUUGUUCCAGAACCGAUUAAUCGUGCACAGGUGGAAAGUGGGAAAAUGGAAACUGAAAAUGACCAGUUAAAGAAGGAUCAGCCCCAGAUGAGCCUAAAAGAAAGAAUUGCUCUUUUACAGGAACAACAAAGGUUGCAAGCGGCAAGGGAAGAAGAACUCUUGAGAAAAAAAGCUAAACAUGAACAAGAACAUGAAGGCAGCGUGGCUAACAAGAAUGAACCUUAUGCAGAAACCGAAGAAGCUGAAGAAAAUGAAAGAACUGAACCAGAACCUGAAUUUAUGCCUGAAACUGAGCACAACGACGAGUUACAGAUGGAACCGCUGGCACAUAAAGAAAGCGCUAAAACCUCACACGAAGCAGAUGAAGGCACAGAUGAAAUAGAGAAAGAACAACUAUUAGAUGAGUACACAGAAGAAAACCAGAAAGUUCAGGAUCCACAAGGAAACGAAGAAGGCAGAGAAAACGUUCCUGAAGAGAGCAGAGGAAUCGUUCCUGAGGAAAGCGAGGUUGGUCACAUCAAUGAAGACGGAGAGGGAGAUAAUGAUGAGGAGGAAGACGAGGAAGAUAGUGAAGAAAAUCGGAGAGCAGCGUUGAGAGAAAGAAUGGCUAAACUAUCUGGCGCUAGUAGAUUCGGUGCUCCUGUUGGAUUUAACCCAUUCGGUAUGGCUUCGGGGGUUGGCACUAAACCCUCAGAAGAACCCAAGAAGAAGCAACAUAGACAGGAGGAGCCUGAACAGCUCCAAGAACAUCCUCGUGCAAUACCUGUUAUGCCAUUUGUUGACCCAAGUUCUAACCCAUUUUUAAAAAAAUCAAGUCAAAUCGAAAAAGGUCGCUUACCUGAAACUAAGACAUUGGAUCCUCAUGCUGCCCCAGAGCAUGAACAAAGGCAAGAACAAGGUACACACGCAUAUCACAAUUUAGCUGUCGGUGACGAUGCACAUCCUGAAUACUCUGACCAUGAUUCCGAUGAAGAUACUGAUGACUACGAGUUUGAGGAUGCAAAUGAUGGGUUGAGGAAACAUUCAAUGGUAGAGAAAUCUAUCCAGAUAAGUAAUAAUGAGUCAGAAAAUGUUAAUUCCGAGGAAAAUACUAGUCCUCAACAUCCGCUGAUGCCCCAUCGUACUACAGAAGCUCCACCUGAUAUUGCAAAUGUAUCGCAAAAGUCAACUGCAAAUGCUUUACCGGUCUCUCCCCCAAGAACAGGUGUUGCUCGAAACGGAUCGAUAAACUCUUUGACAGGGUCUAUUUCAGGGCAACAUCGGCCCACAUCCGUACACGAGCAUCAUGACAUACUUUCCACCAAUUCAUUUGCAUUGACAGAAACUGCUCAAGAUAUUCCAACGUCGGUUCCACCGGCUCCAAUUCUAAGUCAGGUAUCAGAUCCUGAGGAUAAGGCGCCACCUCAUCCAGCACCUUCAGCACCUCCAGCACCUCCAGCACCUCCAGCACCUCCAGCACCUCCAGCACCUCCAGCACCUCCAGCACCUCCAGCACCUUCAGCACCUCCAGCACCUCCAGCACCUUCAGCACCUCCAGCACCUCCAGCACCUUCAGCACCUCCAGCACCUCCAGCACCUCCAGCACCUUCAGCACCUCCAGCACCUCCAGCACCUUCAGCACCUCCAGCACCAUUGGAACCUUCAAUACUAUCACAGCGUUCAGCACCCCCAGUACCUUCAGCGCCUCCAGCGCUGCCUAAGCACAGCGAAUUAGAAGAGCAUGUCUCUAAGUCAUCGGCUCCUCCUCCUCCCGUAUCUGAGGAAUAUCACCCGAUGCCAAAGGCAGCCCCUCCACUUCCACGUGCACCACCAAUACCACCGGCUACUUCUGAAUCUGAGUCUGAACCAACAGUUACGUAUACACGUACAGCGCCUCCACCUCCUCCACUGCCUCAAAACGUUGGGGGGCGUACACAUUCAGUGGCAGGUGCACAACAGCAUGCACCAGCUUCCGUACUGCCUCGCACAGAAAAAGAACCACGUGCCUUACCACCCCCCCAUGUGCCUUCAUCAACGAAUCGCGCUGUGGAUUCCUUCCAUGAGCCAAAUACUGCACCAAAUGUGGCCUCUAUGAGAAGGUCAACGACGCAUGAUGUAGGCGAGAUGUCAAACAACGUCAAAGUAGAAUUCAAUGCACAAGAAAGGUGGUGGAUUAAUAAAAGCGCACCUCCUGCUAUAAGCAACUUGAAAUUGAAUUUUUUGAUGGAGAUCGAUGAUCAUCCCAUUUCAAAGAGAUUACAUCAAAAAUGGGUAGUGAGAGAUUUUUACUUCCUAUUUGAAAACUAUUCGCAACUAAGAUUCUCCUUGACUUUCGACAGUGCAAACCCAGAGAAAACAGUAACGACCUUUCAAGAACGCUUUCCAUCUCCAGUAGAAACACAAUCAACACAUGUUCUAGGUGAAUACGCUCAAAGAUUCAAUGCAAAAAUCGUAGAAAAAUCUCAUUCAUUAAUAAAUUCACAUAUUGGGGCUAAGAACUUCGUGUCACAAAUCGUAUCCGAAUUUAAAGACGAAGUUAUACAACCGAUAGGCGCAAGAACAUUUGGUGCAACUAUAUUGAGUUAUAAACCUGAAGAUGAAAACGAACAAUUGAUGAACGGCUUACAAAAGAUUAAGCCAGGUGACAUUCUUGUAAUUAGAAAGGCCAAGUUUGAAGCACAUAAGAAGAUUGGGAAAAAAGAGAUCAUCAGUGUUGGAAUGGAUGCUACUACUCCGUAUUCAAGCGUUGUUACCGAUUAUGAUUUUACCAAAAAUAAGUUUAGAGUUAUUGAAAAUCACGAAGGGAAGAUCGUUCAAAACAGCUACAAAUUAAGCCAUAUGAAAACUGGGAAGUUAAAGGUUUUCAGAAUUGUCGCGAGAGGAUACGUAGGUUGGUAA